AUGAGCGCCCAAGCGCUGUCUUCUGCAGCCUUCUUAGCAGCAGCGACAGCAGCAGCAUCUGAGACAUCAACUGCGGCAGCAGCAACGGGAGAAGCAUCAACAGUAACUGCAGCAGCAGCAACAGGAGCAGCAGCAACAGCAGCAGCAGCAGCAGCAGCAGCAGCUGAGCAAGAAGAUGAGGCAAAGGUUGGGAGGGCAGCUGCUUCGUUGCUCAAUUUGCUGCAGCUGCUGCAGCAAACUGCAGCACCGGGUCAUUCGCCUCCCGAUAGCAUCAGCAGCAGCAGCAGCAGCAGCAGCAGCAAGCGCGCAGCUGCAGUGUAUGAGCAGCUGAGUCGCGCAGUAGAAGACAUUGCCCAGAGAACGCCUCGAAUUGCUGCAGCAACUGCAGCAGCAACAGCAGCACGACGCGCAACAAACAUAGCAGCCGCUGCACCAGGAAAUGAAGCAGCAGCAACAGCUAAAACAAUCGCAGCAGCAGCACCAGCAGCAAGACCCAUAGAGGCAGCUGCAGGCUGCGCUGUCGAGCUGAAGUUCCGCCUGCCGAGCUGUACGUAUUGUUGCAGCAGCAGCAACAGCAGCAGCAGCAGCAGCAGCAACGGCAACAGCAGCAGCAGCAGCUCAUGCGAGUUGAAUUAUCUUCAAUUUCAGGUUGACCAGUUGCUGCAGCGCUACGACGCUGCUGCUGUUGCUGCUGCUGCUGCUGCUGCAGGGAAGCCCCCGGGCAGGGCAAGGACAGCAGCAGCAUCUGCUGCAGCAGCAGCAGCAGCAGGAACGGGACAGCAGCAGCUCUCCCUCGGUGGUGAGGCCCUGCUGCUGUGUCUCGUUGAGAAGCUUUUGCUUCCAUUCAAAGACGCAUGCGAGCAACACCAGCAGCAGCAGCACCAGCAGCAGCAGCAGCAGCAGCAGCAGCAGCAGCAACAGCCGCAGCAGGUGUUCGUGGUGCGCCUUUCUAGUGUUGCUGCGUUGUCGCAGCAGCACUGGCAGCAGCUGCAGCAAACUCUCUGCAGAGUGAUUGGAGGGUUGCUGCAGCAGGCAGCAGCAGCAGCAGCAAAGACAACAGCAGCAUCAGCACAAGCAGCUGCACAACAACUGGGGGCCCCGCCCUUAGUUGUAAUUGAGCUGCACUGCGCAGCAGCAGCUGCAGCAGCACCAACAGCAGCAGCAGCCACAGUAGCAGCAGCCACAGCAGCAGCAGAACGUCAGAAGCUGCUCCAGAAUGUCCACGACUUUGUACGUCUGCAGCAGCAGCAGCUGCAGCAGCAGCAGGCUCAGGUGUAUCUGUACGCUUCUGCUGAUGCUUUAGACACGCUGGAAGAAGCCCCGCAGCAGCCACAGCAGCAGCAGCAGCAGCAGCAGCAGCAGCCGCGGUGUCUGCUGUACAUUGGUGGCGAUUUGCUGCUGCCUGCUCCUCCCCCUAAUCCUCUCGGCUGCAGCAGCAGAGCGCAGCUGCUGCUGCAGCAGCUAAGGGAGCGUUUGCUGCUGCCAAUGCAAAUGCGCAUUAGCUUCUUCUCCCGUAGCAGCAGCAGCAACAGCAGCAGCAGCAACAACAACAACAAAUCUGUGAUGCAGAGUUUGUUCUGUGGGCAGCGGGGAGAGGCUUCACCGCCGCGUCUGCUGCUGUACGGCUGCGAUCGUGCUGCUGCUGGUGCUGCUGCAGACAAGCAGCAGCAGCAGCAGCAGGAGGAGGCGGAUGAUGCUUUUAGUCGCAUAAGCCCGCAGCAGCUGCUGCAGCAUUUGUUUUGUCUUCCAGAUGCUGCAGGGCUGCAGCUGCUGGUUGUGCCCCUUGCUGCUGCUGCUUCUCCUUAUGUAGGGGAGACGGAGCAGCGCCUCGCGCAGCUGUUUGCUGCUGCUGCUGCUGCUGCUCCCUGCGUGCUGCUGCUGCUGGGGCUGGAGCGCGCUGCAGCAAACAGAAGCCUCCUAGACCCUAUCCCGCGCAUGCAGCAGCAGCAGCAGCAAGGGCCAGGCAGCAGCGACAACGGUAAACAGAAGCAGCAGCAAGAAGGCACAGACGGUGAGCUUCCUAAAGCAUACAGAAGCAGCAGCAGCAGCAGCAGCAGCAGCAGCAGCAUCAGCCAGCGCCGGCUGUUGGCCUCGCUGCUGCUGGCUCUUGACUCUCUGGAAGACAAACGGCGUCUGCUGCUGCAGCAGCUGCACCGUCAGCAGCAGCAACAGCAGUUGGUGCUGCAGGAAGACAGGGAACCAACCAGCAGCAAACAGCAGCAGCAACAGCAGCAGCAGCAGCAAGCUGUGGUAUUGCCGCGGUUAGGCAGCAAGGCGGAUCCAGCCGCAGCGUUUCGGCAGCUAAACUCAACGGCAGCAGCAGCAACAGCAGCAGCAGCAGCAGGAGUUGCUGUUGUUGCAACAACGCAUUUGCUGCCAGAGGAGCUCGAUGCUGCUGCAGUACGCGCAGGCAGGCUGGACAGCUGGCUGCCCUGGGCGUAG